AUGAGGAAGGCGAAAGCAACCGCGCCCGCAGCCGCCUCCAAGCCCAAGCCUAGGGCGAGGGCGAGGGCCAAGCCCAAGCCCAAGCCCAAGCCCAGCCCCGCCUCCCUCUCCUCCGGCACCUCGUCGCCGUCCGCCAGCAGCGACGACGCGUCUCCGUCCCCCGUCGCCAUCGGCCGCGCAGGGGGCUUCCUCGCGCCCGCCUCGCCGGCGACGCCCAAAACCAGGUCCCCUCUCUCCGCGCCGGCAUCCCCCUUCCCCGCGCCCAAGCCCGCCACCGUCGACGAUCUGAGGGCCCUCGCCGCGUCCAGCCUCGACUCGCUCAAGCGCCGCCUCGACGCGCUCCACGGCGACUCCGUCCGUGACCUCGAGGCCUCCCACUCCCGCAUCUCCAAGCGCAUCAAGAUGCAGACGCAGAGCUGCCUGCAGCUGGCGGAGGAGGCGGAGAGGGAGCACAGGAAGGUGGCCGAGAAGAUCUCCGAGAGCGCCGACGAGAUGAAGGCAUCGUACAAGAAGUUCGUGACGGAGGUGCAGUCGUCCACGUCUCGCGUGUGCAAGGUGACCGUCCCUGAGAUGGCAAAGUCUGUUGAGAGGGCUAUCGAUGGCUUGCGCACUCGCUACAACAUCCCAGCUAUGGCAGCUUAGCCUGCCACCGCACUUCUCUGAGUUGGUGCUGAAUUCAAACAAGAUUCAGAAACAACCUGGCUGCUGAAAUCAUGGAGUCAUGGUAGAAGAAGCUCGCGCAUUCGUAGAUAGUAACGGUUACACGUACAUGAUACAGUUUAUUUUCUGCAUUCUCUUCCUCAGCUGCUUUGAAACAUCGAUAGUUGCUCCGAUAUCUGGCACUUGUUUCUGUUCCAUCGUGUUUAAUGUGGGCCUCGGCCUCUGCGCUACCGCUGUCAGUAAUUUAGAUACUGUAACUUGUAAGGAUCACGACAUUUGA